AUGGACUCAAAAAAAAUUAAAGAUACUCUUCUACUUCCCAAGACUGAAUUUCCGCUGAAAAACACUAAUCAUUUAGAAACGGAAAAAAAAAUCAGAGAAUUGUGGGAAGAAAAACAAGUUUAUCAGCAAGUAUUAGAAAAAAAUAAAAGUAAUCAGUCCUUUGUCCUUCAUUCGGGUCCUCCUUAUGCGAAUGACGCCCACGGUUUACCUAUCGAGCACAAAAUGCUGCAAGUUUAUCCGGAAAAAAAAAAUGAUUUGCGACCACUUUGCCAUCAAUUUGCCUUAGAACAAGCCCAAAAUCAACGAGAACAAUUAAAAAAAUUAGGAUUGUUUACUGACUAUAACAAGUAUUAUAUCACCCUGGAUAAAAACUAUGAAGCCGAACAGUUGCGAGUUUUUGGUGAAAUGGUGAAAAAAGGGUUAGUUUAUCGUGGUUAUCGUCCUAUUCAUUGGUCGUGGAGUCAUGAAACAGCCUUAGCGGAAAAUGAAAUAGAAUAUUUAGAAAAAAAAGAUAUUUCUCUAUACUUCAAAAUUAAAUUGGUAGCAAACCCUGAUUUUUUAGUAGCCGUCAAAAAAACAGCCUCUUAUGCUUUGGUUGAAUAUAAUAAUGAAAAUUUAAUAAUUUUGGAAAUAGAAAAAGUAUUGACCGGUGAAAAAUUAUUGAGAUCAAAUUAUUUUCAUCCUUAUCGGAAAGAUACCCAAGGAUAUAUUGUAGAUGGUAGUGAUUUUAUUGAGGAGGAGGAAGGCACGGGAAUAGUUCAUUUAGCACCCGCUUUUGGAAUGGAGGAUUUUGGUCUGGCAAAAAAGGAAAAAUUGGUUAUUGAAUGUCCCCUAGAACCUAAUGGCUUGUUUAAUGAAAAAAUUGGAGUUCCAGAAGUAAUUAAUAAGCAUUAUUCAGAAGUUAACAAUUAUAUUAUUGAUGAUUUAGAAAAAAGGAAUUUAAUAGUAAAAAAAGAAAUAAUUACCCAUAGUUAUCCCCAUGAUUGA